AUGCUCCACCCACCAAUCAGUAUCUGGCAGGUUUCGCGGUACGGCAGCGGGAGCGGGGAAAAUUCCGGAACGGCACGCCUCGAUCGACCAACGCUCCGCCCGCCAAAUCCGGAGAAGGGCGAGCUUCGCGCUCCAAGCAGCCUGUCCACGCCAGGCGAGCUUGUGGCCCGCGUAGCGUCGAAGGCGUGGGCAUCCGAGCCAGAGAAAUGCUGCACCCCCACCGACGGGCUGGACCGCGCAGCGACCGGUCAGCGCUUAGGCGAGCAACAAACUAGCAUCCCGCUGGCGGCCAGCAUCCCGCUGACCAGCCGGCUCUCCGGCCAGCUCUUCCGCUCGUCCGAUGACUCACACACGUUGCCUUCUGUCCGCCGCAACGUAACACCUCGCGACCCGUCGCGAGCGCCUGAGCUCACGAGCAUCUCAAUUGCACCACCAGUGCAUGCCCGAUUGCGCCAAACGAAUGGCGCGAGAGCCCCUGCCAGCACUGGUCUUUUGUGCCUGGCCACCGUCACUGCACUUUGCGACGGUCUUACUGACCUUCACGUCUCCCAUAGGCCGCACCCAGCAGCCAAGGGUGGCACGUCGAUGCUUCUGGCCCUGUCGCACGACUCGUACAAGGGCCAGACAGAAUCUCAAAUGCACUUGCGCCAUUCCCCCUAG